GAUUUUAAUCAAUGAAGAGUGAACAAUAAUAGAAAGUAGCAACUAAAACAAUCAAGAAAAUCAAAGUCAAUAAAAAGGCACCGGUUAGGUAAUUUAAAUUAUGAGAUGAAGAUUGUGGGUUAAGGCUGUGUUUACAGGUUUCAGAAGGUCCAAAGUUUAAUAAAAUGAGAAUUAGGCUUUAUUGAAGAUUCAACAUGUUGAUGAUGUUUCAUCUAGUAGAUUCUAUUGGGGCAAACGAGUUGCCUAUAUAUACAAGGCUCACUCUCUCAAAAACAAUACUAAAUUUAGAGUAAAGAUUAUGAGUUUAUAUGAAGACAAUUUGGGGUAGAAUCAGCAGAUCUCAUGGAUCAAAUGGAAUAGUGAUUGCUCGAUUCAAUAGAAAUCUUCCACCAAGAGCAAUAGGAUCAACUUUGAGAGUAUUCCUCUAUCCAAAUAGAGCUUGAGUUAAAUUUAAAAAUAUAUAUAUAUAUAUGUACAUUAAUU